AUGUCUGACAGUGAAAUUCGAUACAUUAAGACGUUUUAUCGUCGCGGUCCUCGAGUACUUCCAUAUGCGUUGGCAAUCGAUUCUUCUCAUAGGAGCAUUUUUUGGACUGAUAUUGGAAAAAAACCAAGUUUGAAUCGGAUGUCAAUUAUUGAGGACGAUAGAGGAGUAGACGUCAUACUUGACUCGUCUCUGAUGAGACCUACAGCGCUAGCUGUUGAUCCGUUCGCUAGAAGACUUUACUGGCUCGAAGAAGCCCUGAAUUAUAUCGGAGUCUGCAAUUACGACGGAAGCAAUCGGCGAGUGUUAGUUCGAAAGACGAGUCGUGGAUUGUACGGAUUGGAUGUGCUCGGCGAUUUUGUAUAUCUUUCGGAUUUUUCGAAAGGAACCAUUGAACGAAUACCGAAGCUCGACGUCUCCGACAAAGGAACCGUUUUAAUCAGCGGUUUAAGUCAUCCGAAAGGUAUUCAGAUCAUCCAUCCAGAAAAAUGGCCGAAGAAGAAGGUGCGCAAUCCAUGUCUGCACGAAAACACUUGCGUUCAGUUCUGUGUUCCUUCAAGUAACAGACGUAUGUGA